AGAAACACGUGCGCGCCCCCCUUUAAUAAGAUUCCACGAGCCGGACGGUGGUGGCGGCGGUGGGGUCACUGGGCCUUUUUGUUUCUCAAGUGGCCACAUUGGAAUAAAUCUCCUUCCCGGCUUUCGAGUGCUCUCGUCUGUGUAACCGGACUCCUGAGGACAGGUGCCCAAGCCUAGCUCGUCCGGACCAUUAGGGACCAGACCUUAGCGCGUCCAGUAACAACGAGUUACAGCUCCUCCAGCUUCCCCCGGGAACCGCCUCCACGGCUUCUGCGCACGCGCGCCCCCUGCUCCCCCGCCCUCGGGACGCCCGCAAGAGGACAGGCUAUUGGUGGAGCGCGCAGCCAAUGGGCGAGCCCGUUACUCGGCGGCCCAGCGAGCGGCGUAGGAGCGGCACUUGAGGCCUGGCAGCGCUCGGCGGCCUCCGGGGUCGGCACCAUGAGCUCCAUUGGGACCGGGUAUGACCUGUCAGCCUCCACGUUUUCUCCUGAUGGAAGAGUCUUUCAAGUUGAGUAUGCUAUGAAGGCUGUGGAAAACAGUAGUACAGCUAUUGGGAUCAGAUGUAAAGAUGGUGUUGUGUUUGGGGUAGAAAAAUUAGUCCUUUCUAAACUUUAUGAAGAAGGCUCCAAUAAACGACUUUUUAAUGUUGAUCGACAUGUUGGAAUGGCAGUCGCAGGUCUGUUGGCUGAUGCUCGUUCCUUAGCAGACAUAGCAAGAGAGGAAGCGUCCAACUUUAGAUCUAACUUUGGCUACAACAUUCCUCUCAAACAUCUUGCAGACAGAGUGGCCAUGUACGUACACGCUUAUACACUCUACAGUGCUGUUAGACCUUUUGGCUGCAGUUUCAUGUUAGGGUCUUACAGUGCGAAUGACGGUGCACAGCUCUACAUGAUUGAUCCAUCUGGUGUUUCAUACGGUUAUUGGGGCUGUGCCAUUGGCAAAGCCAGGCAAGCUGCAAAGACCGAAAUAGAAAAGCUUCAGAUGAAAGAAAUGACUUGCCGUGAUGUAGUUAAAGAAGUUGCAAAGAUAAUUUAUAUAGUACAUGAUGAAGUUAAGGAUAAAGCUUUUGAACUAGAGCUCAGCUGGGUUGGUGAAUUAACUAAAGGAAGACAUGAAAUUGUUCCAAAAGAUAUAAGAGAGGAAGCAGAGAAAUAUGCCAAGGAAUCUUUGAAGGAAGAAGAUGAAUCAGAUGAUGACAAUAUGUAACAUUUUCUUCACUAUCUCUUCUGUUUAACAUUUCUGUGACAGUUUCAUAUGACUAGCACCAUGGAUCAUAUAUACCCACUGACCAAUUUUCAUUAAAUUUUUGUCUUAUAAAUGUU